AAUCCCUGGCUGUUUAAGUCUUAAUUUCAGUUUAAAUCUUCAAAGUUACUUCCUUAAGGAGCUGAUCAAAGUUCACCUUUCAUCUAUAGAUUGGAGACGUGGCAAUCAUUCUUACCUGACAACAGGUAAAAUCCAGCUCUAAUUCUAAAACAGCAUAUUUUGUGGUGUUGAGCUGGAUCUCUGCUUAUCUUAAAACUUUCAUUGACAUUGAAGCUCCAUUUGCACCUAAUUGCCUAUGUCACCAACACAGAGCUGUCAUAUAGCAGAUAAGAUUUGACCUUCAGGCAGCAAAGUGAGUUUUAGGCAAAGAGAUACCACAUUUAAACUUCAGGAUCUGAUUCUUCUGUUCAUUUUCCUUCCCUUCUGCCACUGGAAAUUUCUCUGGCAAGAAGAAAAAUACCUGUCCGAUAUCAGUGCUCAUCUUUGCUGACUAAGGCAGGUCAGCUGCAGGAUCAUCCCACCCCUUGGACUGCAGGGAUGGAGCAGAAGAGAUGGGUCCUGUUGGCUCUGGCACUUCUUCUGGCUAUCCCUUUCUCAGGUGCAUCUCAGUGGGUUCCUGCCUCCUGGAUACAGCUCCCUUUAUUCCUUCUCACACUGGCUGCUGGUGCUGUUCUAGUAUUUCAAGGAAGGAGAGUGGACUCCCUGGAAACUGUUUGGCUGAAGAACCACCAGCACCUCUACCAAAAAAUUCAGACUCUGCAGGAAGCUUUCCAGAAUGAGCAGGAGUCCACACGGUGUGAUAUUCAGCUCCUCAAAACAGACCUGGAGAAUAUAUUAGGAUUGAGAGUAGAGGCAAAUACUACAAAAUCUUUGGAAUCCAUGUGGAAGAAGGAUGUCCAUGAAGUGUCCCAACAAGUUCAAACUCUGCAGAAAGCUUUUCAAAACACCCACCUGUACACACUGCGAGACCUUCAGAUUAUGAGAACAGACCUGAAGGAUGAACUAGGAAGGACAGUGGAGGCAAAUGUCACAGGGAAUAUAGCAUUCAUGUGGCAGAAGGACCUCCUGCAUCUCUCCCAACAAAUUCAAACUCUGAAGCAAACUUUCCAGAACAUGAAGCUUGCUAUACAGCGUGACUUUCAAAUAAUCAGAAGAGAGCUGGAGAACAAACUAGGAGAGACAAUGGAGGCAAAAACAAGCACCUUAGAAGCCAGGCUGGAGAAAGACCACCAUGAAGCCUCCCAACAAAUUCAAACUCUGCAGGAAAAUUUCCAGAAGAAAUAUGAGGCCACACAGCGUGACUUUCAGAGGAUCAGAACAGAGUUGGAGCAUGACCUAGGUAAACUAGGCUAUUCCCCAGCAAGCUUUCAUCUCUCUAAAGAAAAAAGCUGUUCUACAGGCAAACAGUCCUGUGAACUUAUUCUCAGGACUCACCUCCUCAAAGUGGUUGAAGAAGGAGAGUCCUUACAUGGCAAAACAGUUUUCUACUCUGUGACACUGAAACACCUCCAAGUUGAGGAGCCCAUGACUAGCCCAAGCCUAUGCUCACCUGCUCGGCUAGGGGGCAUCUCCACGGCCAGUGCAUGA